AUGGCCGGCUCCGACUCGCUCAAGCUUGACUUCACGACGCUCGAUGUCUUCUCCGCCACGCGCUUCCUGGGAAACCAGCUGGCCGUGGUGUUCGUUCCUGCCGCGCUCCGGCAGCGCGUCAAUCAAGAAACCAAACAACGCAUCGCGCGCGAGUUCAACCUCUCGGAGACGGUUUUCCUGCACACGCUCGACGACGAGCCCAACUCGUCCGUCACCACUCGUGAGAUCAACAUCUUCACCAUCGAGGAGGAGCUGCCCUUCGCCGGCCACCCAACCAUCGGGACAGCGUGUCUGGUUCGGCACCACCUCGGCUGGAGCCACGUCGACACCCUCCUGACCCAGGCGGGGCCAAUUCAUCUUGAGAGUCUUCCAGGAGGCCGAGGCGUCAGGGCUGCGAUCCCCCAAUCGGUCCAUGUCUACCCGCAAACGCUAGGUAGCGUUCUUGAAGGGGCAUCUGCUGCUGACCCUAUCUCGGUUUCCCUGAACAAUGGCCUCUCAACCGACCCCGAGAUCCGUGCCGCCGAGCUGGCCGCACCGGUGGUGAGGCUCGUCAAGGGAAUGACCUUCAUCCUCGUUCAGCUGCCCAGUCUGGAGCACCUAGCCAAGACGUCGUCUGUGAAGCGCAUCGACUUUUCCCACUUUUCAAGCUCACUGGGCUUGGGCGAGGGAUUUGUAGCUCGAUAUUACUACGUGCCCACGGCCGACUCGGUCGCAGCCAAUGGCAGUCGUAGCUUUGAGAUUCGGACGCGCAUGCUGGAGCUGGGUUUCGAGGAUCCUGCCACGGGCGCCGCGGCCUGCACGCUGGCCAGCUAUCUGACCAUCAGCACCAAGGCAGAUGGUGGGGCGCAUUUUGAGAUUACGCAGGGUGUUGAGAUGGGGCGCAAGAGCGAUAUUGUGCUUGACACGGUUGCGGAGUCGGCAGAGUCGGGAGAGGUCAAGAUCAAGGAGCUGUAUCUUGGUGGGACGGCGGUGGUGGUUAUGAACGGAAUUUCGGGCGAGGUUCCCGAGGAACCUGUGGUGUCGAGGAAAACAGGGACCGUUUUCGAAAAACGCCUGAUUCUCAAAUACAUCGAAGAGAACGGGAAAGAACCUGGAACCGACGAAGAGCUCGACGCCGACGACUUACUACCCCUCAAGACCAGUCGCGUCGUCCGCCCGCGGCCGCCCAAUUUCACCUCCCUGCCCUCGCUUCUCAAGGCCUUCCAAGAUGAAUGGGACGCGCUGGUGUUAGAGGCGUACAAUACGAGGGAACAGCUGGCCCGGACGCGUGAGGAGCUUGCGACUGCCCUGUAUCAGCACGACGCUGCUGUGCGUGUGAUUGCGCGGUUGACCAAGGAGCGCGACGAGGCGCGCGAGGCGCUUUCCAAAGUCACGGUUGCGCCCUCAGCGGGCGUCCCGACGAAUGGCGAUGCGAUGGCAGUUGACAAUGAGAGCCUUCCCGAGGCUUUGGUGGGUCACGUGCAUGAGUUACAACAACAGUUAAUGAAAGGCCGCAAGAAACGGCCUAUUCCCCAAGGCUGGGCCAGCACAGACGAGGUUGCUGCGCUGCAGCAAAUAGCCUAUACCGACCUGACGGUCUCGCAAGCGUCAUCCCUCGAUGUCGAAUCCGGCUAUGCGGCGAUUGGUGGCUUGGACGGGAACGCCGAUAUCUAUUCCAUUGAAGCAAGCAAGGUGGAGAGGUCUCUCAACAUCGGCGAGCCAGUGACAGCUACGGUUUGGACAGGCUCCAAGGUCAUUUUUGCAACGUCCAAGGGCAAUGUCAAGGUAUUCGACAGCGGCAACGAGACUGCAUCAUUCCAAGCACAUGCUGGGGCUGUUACAGGGCUCUCGAUACACCCUGGUGGGCGGAUUCUCGCUUCAGUUGGCGUGGAUAAAAGCAUUGCAUUUUACGACCUUGAGACUAUGGAGCGGGUCUCACGGACCUACACGGAUGCCGCACUGACGACCUGCGCAUUCCACCCCGACGGCAACCUUUUUGGUGCCGGCACACAAGGAGGCGACAUCAAGAUCUUCAAAACCGACACCGGCGAGCAGGCCGAGAGCUUCCCCCUCGGCGCUCCCGUUCAGGCGCUUGUCUUCUCCGAGAACGGCUUCUGGUUCGCCGCAGCCGGCAAGGGCCAGUCGACGGUCACGAUAUUCGAUCUGCGGAAGUCUGGCGCGGCCGCCCAGGUCAAGGAGCUGCAGACGGGCGAUGCCCAGUCUCUGGCGUGGGACUACACGGGCCAGUACCUGGCCACUGCUGGAGCGACGGGCGUCACGGUGCAGUUGUACCUGAAGAGCUCCAAGUCCUGGUCUGAACCGCUGAGAACUGCUUUGCCCUCAGCUGCCAUCCGGUGGGGUGCUGAGGCCAAGUCAUUGGUCACGGUGAGCAAGGAAGGGGUUGUGUCGGUGCUUGGAGCCAAGGAAUAAGGUAACUGGGAAAGUGGGAUCCUUCACUUGUAUGAUAGGAAGUUGACUUUGGUGAAUGGCGCCGCAAAAUGGGAGACCCGGUGAUACCUGACAGCGGAACAAUGUGAAAGCUAAAGUUCUCUGUGAAGUCGCGAGAUGGCAAGCGGCAAGAGGGAGGGAGCUAAAUUGCUGCUUUGCUCCAAAACACGAGCCGGGGUGGUUGACAGUCCUCACCAGCUGUCACUGCACCGAGUUAUCUGAUCCGAAUCAUUCGGGUACCAAAUAAUGCAGUUUUCAAGCAUUAAUAAUGUGGC